CUCACACCCUGAAGGACCAAGAGCCGCCCGGGCUGCCCCUGGCCCCGACGAGGCUGUGGCAGCCCCGUCGCCCCAGUUCCCCUCCUAAACUGGGUGGGUGGAAGCUGCCCUGAUCCCCACAGGGUCAUUCCUGCCACCCCAAAUCAGGAUCUGGACACUGUACAGGCUCAGACACCCAUGGUAGGGCCUCAAGGACUUCCCAGGUGUCCCAGUCACCCACCCAUCCUUCCUGCCCAUCCUCACCCUCCCCACAGCCCCGCUGAUUACCCUGGACUUUGAGGCUAAUUCCCAACACCUGACCAGCUUAUUCUCCUGAGUCCAUUAUCAGCUUAAGGGCCAAAGACAUCUGCUUCCCACUGCCCUCCCAGAGAGCUGGAGGAGUCUUCCAGCUCCGAGCAGGAGAGCAGCAUCUCCCCUCGGAUGGGGCUCUGAGCAUCUCCACCGCACAGCGGGGCAGCCCCUCUGCCCCCCCAGUUCCAGGGCAAAAUGGCUCAGGACAUGACCGAGAAGGAGCUGCUGAAGAUGGAGCUGGAUCAGCUGAAGAAGGAGGUGAAGAACGAGAGGCAAAUGGUCUCCAAGACCGGCAAAGAGCUCAAGGACUACAUCGAGUCCAUGGCGGGCGAGGACCCGCUGCUGAAAGGAGUCCCCGAGGACAAGAACCCCUUCAAGGAGAAGGGGGGCUGUAUAAUAAGCUGACACCCCCCGGCCCCGCUGGCACCGCCGGGCACGGGGAUGUCCCCGUGUGCCACCCAGGACUGUCAGAAACCUGCUUUCCCUGUAGUCCGCCCUCGGCACCGAGGAGGAGCCCAGAACCACAGCGUAGUGCAGCUAAAGGACAGCAAAAGGAGAAAAAAGAAGAUAAAACCCUGAAAAAAAUACCCAAAAACCUCCCCCCUCCCCCCGACUGCCACCGGGGCUGAGGUUCGGCCGCCGCAGCGUCGCCGUCUGCGCUGUCCCAGCUGAGCUCUGCUUUCCCACGAGCACAACUUCUGCAUUUGCAGCAGCCCCAGCGAAGUGGGGGUGAUGAAACCACAGAGCUGAUGGUGCAGGGGUUACCUGCUGCCUCUUUGGAAGGGUGGAAGCUGCUGCUGGGGCUCCAGGAGAGCGUGGAGAUGGACCUAGGACUGGUUUACUUGCAAGGAAAUACCCCUGGAUCCCACCUGGAGCAGCCUUUUCCUGCCUUCUGGGUCUCAGAAUGAGGCACAGGGGGUCCCUCAGCACUUCAGCCACCCCAAAAGGGGGGUCCCUGCAGAGAACAGACACAGGGAAGUGCAUUUUCCUCAGGCAGCCAGAAUACCCCCCAACCCUGCACCUCCCCAGCCAAAAUCCCACCAAAAUAAAGGUGGGUUUAUUCUCUCUCCUGC